GUAUGACUGCAUCAAUGCUGCAGAAAACGAAGGGAUGUCUGUGGUUAAUCGGGACUUUGACGUGUGUUACGCUGUGGACGGCGGGCUCUUGAACCUUGUCGCUACCGUCAAUGCUCUUCCAUCCGACUACUGCGGCAGAUUUCAGGCCCUCCUUAACAACGUCAAACAUAUUACUUCUGCCAGGGACGCGGCCAUCCUUCACUGUCUGCUCGACCCGACUCUCGACCUAGAACAGGCGGCGGAGCUAUGUACCCACCUACUAUACUUCUCUUCAUUGACACCCGCGCAGGCUAGCGUACUGCGUUCCCACUUCGAGUCACUCUCAGACAGCAUCGGCAACACGCAGUCGUCGCAGCAGGACUUCCAUGGCGGGAAUCUCCGAGUGUGGCAUCACGCGUUGGAGCCGCUCAAGGACCUGAUGAACUCCACGUACACGCAAGAGCAGGCGCAGAAAAACAUGCACAAGGCAACAUACUGGGACGGGCAGACACAGUAUCUCGAGCCUCGCAUAUGGUCCCUGAAGCCGUCGCAUCGCCUCGCCUCGAUCAAGCUUCGCAAGGUUGGCGUCUUGCUGCCUUUCGCAGUGCCAACGGACGCGUUUACUGAGCCGAACAGGCUUAUGUUCGACAAAGACGGCAAGUGGAUCAACGCCAGCGUACUACGACCGUACGUGACCUGGGACAUGCGCGAGGUGCUGCCCUCGGGUGCGAAGCACGGCUGCCACGAAGACGACCUUGCCGGCUGUCUCUUUUUCCACUCCAAGGACCAGCUCGCCGAGUUCGCCCGGCGCGCACGGGCGUGGGGCGUCCGCGUGUACCUCACGCACCUCGACACGGGCGAGCUCUACCAGCAGCUCGCGAGCGCGGACCCCGCCUUCGCGCCGUUCGCGCUCGGGCGCUUCGACCGCGUCGACCUCCCGCACCUCGUCGAUCAGCUCCCAGACAAGCGCGACGUGGUCUUCGAGCACUUUGGCGCGCUCCUGAACCGCGCGAACCCACACGCGACGCUGCUCGUGCGCACGAUCGAGUGGCGCUACCUGUACUCGGACCAAAUGCGCCUCGGGCGCCCCGGCGCGCGCGCAGGGGCGAGUGCGGGUCCCCCGGACCCGGUGCACAUAGAGGCGCUCGUACGCAGUGCUUCGGCGUAUCUCAACUUUGACCCGGACAACUUGGAGCGCAGGAUGGAGCAGGUCCUCAUGUUGCACCUUCUAGACGCGUGGAGCGACAACCAGCCUGUGUUCGAGGAAUACUUGCAAGAGACACGCAUGAAGGGUAUCUUGGAGGACUGCGGCCUGCGAAUCAAGACGCGGAACACGCUCGUGCCCCCGAGGCUCGACUGGCUGCUUUCGGGGAAGCCGGAGACGCUCCCAGGACUAUCGAAGCACGAUUGGUACUUGCUAGGUGCGGGAUCCGACGCGCCUCUCAUAUGCGGCGGCUGA